AUCGUAAAACGCUAACUAGCUAUCUCUUUCUCUUCCUCUUUCUUUUGUUUGCGACUGUCCUACUAUCACCAAAUAUAAUUUUAAUAAUGGACACGGAACCAAUGUGUGGAAUAAGUGAGGAAAGCAAAAAGCAUAUCAUACAUUUUAUUUUGGAAUUGACAUACUUCAUUUUCAGUAAAAAUGUGCUGGAUUCUGGAAAACAUCUGAUGUGCUCUGAUUUAACACGAUUCAGAGAAAGUUGGGACGACCUUUAUCUCAAGAAUAAUUCAUUUUUUGAGCAUCUGUUCAAUUUCUUGGUCAAAAAUACUCAUGGUAUAACGGAGAUUCGAGAUGAAUCGGGAAGAAUUAUCGAGAUUUCGAUUAAAGUGCCACAAAAAGAAAAAUGUGCAGUGGGAAAUCCUGUCAAAACGGAAGAAGUUCCACUAGAUGAGCAAAUAAACAUAUCAUUUGUGAAUUGCACAAAGUCAACUGAAAUGCAAAUUUCACUUGAUCUUCAAGACGAAUCAAAAAACAUUUCAGUCGAAACAGAGCUACAAGACUCUUCUUCCAAUGAAAAAACAGAGCUAACAAUUGAAGAUUCUGCACAAAAAAGUUUUCUGUCGGAUUUAUUUAGCGACUUGGAACCAGUCGGCAAAAAUGUUACUAAAGAAAAUACAAUUGAGGAUGACAAGAAACCAGAUUUUUGUGAAUAUUCAAACAUUUGCGAUGAAUUUCUCGAAAAUUACCAAAAGAUGGAAAACGAACAUAAUGAAAUGACUUCAAAAUACCAGAUACUUGGCGAAAACAAGAGUGAGCUAAAGGAGCAAGAUGAUUCAGAAAAAGAGUGUGAAGAACAGAAUGGAGAGUUUCUAGAAAAACUUGAAAAUCAAAACAAAGUUAACAGCAAACUAUUGAAAGAAGCUCGGCGUAAAAGGGAAAAAAGAAGACGGGAGCUUCAAGAAGAUCUGGAAAAAAUGAGACAAAAUCAAAAACAAUGUUUCGAAGCAUGGCUGUCUGGAAUGAGGUUACGACAACAUUUCAAUGAAAAAGAACAAGAAGUUGGCAACUGGAUUAAGAAAUGCUACAAAAAACCAAUCACUCGGUUGUUGAAUUAUUAUGAUGAUUUCAUAAACUUGACACGCGGACGGACAAAAUUGAAAAAUAGAGGUCAGGACUUAAAUGAUGAUAUACAAGAAGAGAUAAUUUACUUCCAUGAAAAAGUUGCAAGUCUACUUGAUACAUUUGAAACUUUGUUCAAUCAACUGGGGGAACUCUCCAAAAUUUCUGAAAAUGCUCUGUUUAUAGAAGUUUUACGGAAGAAUAUAUGUGAACAUGCAAACUCUCUACAUCCCAUUCUCAAUGUCCUUGAGAAAGAUUGUCUUUCUCGUGACUGGAAGAAUAAUCUUGAAAAAGAGUUUUCCAGUAUUAAUACUUUAAAUAUACCUACAACUGGAGGGCUACGCAAGAUUUGCAAAGAUGCAUCGUUCUCUGAUUAUGUUAAUUUGGAAUUUCCGAAGAGAAUUCCAGAAAGUUCUGUAACAAUUGAAGAUGUAUCAAAUAGAGAUAUCGCUGAGAGCUCGAAUUCGGAUGUUGAUCAGUUGUCCAGUUUAAACUUGGACGGCGUGGUGUCUCAACCUAAAAAACCUGAUUUGAAAAGAGACCGUUCAAGUUCAAGAACUUGUGUAGCACCAAAAAAGUCGAAAAAUUAAUGAGCAGCAGAGGCUGUUAUUAAUCGUUUCUAUUUAGUAAAUAUAUUUUGUAAUAAAUUGUGUAAUAUCAUAAUAAAAUUUUCUCCUAUU